AUGAACUCGAUACGGGACGAAGCAUUACAGCAAGAGGCCGCGGAUGCCGCUCGAAGAGGCGAUGCAUCCAGGCUCCGGGACUGUCUAACCCGUGGCGCCACUCUGUGGUAUGACUGGGUUUUCUCGUCAGCGUUGGAGAGCGGUGAUGUCGCAACUUUCCAGACUACCCUUGAUUUUGGCGCCGACAUCAACAAAGACAUGGGUCAUAACGGCACCCCGUUGAUCGCGGCUUUGCGACAUAAUCAUCAGGAACUGUUGGAAUUUCUCUUUUCAAAAGGUGUUGACCCCAACAAGGGGCACUGGGGACACUGGCUACCUCCCCUGUCAGUGGCUGUGCGAUACACCAAGGAUAUCAAAUGGGUGCAACGUCUGUUGGAGGCCGGUGCUAAGGUUAAGGGAUCUGGCGCCCUGCAUUUUGCUGCGUUUCAAAGUGACCUGGCAAGGAUGAAGCUCCUCCUGGAUCACGGUGCGGAUGUUAAUGAGAUUCCAUCCUUUCCCCUUUUCGGUGCUAAGCCUUCUAUUAUCCGUACAAAGAAAGGAACACCUGUCCAUUGGGCCAUUGCGGGUGGCCAUCUCGGGGCUGUGCGACUCCUAUGCCGGUACGAUCCCGACAUCACCAUCCAGGAUGAAGAUGGCGCUACAGUCAUGGACUGUUUGGAUUCCUCUUUUGCAAAGCUGGCUGCAGCUUGA